AGAGCAGUCGCAGCAAGGCCUAUAUCAUAUGCAGCAGUAUUACGAAUGAAACCAGACAGGUCUUCGUCAGUGCUCAGCCCUCGCAGCAUACCUCGACAACACAGCAGCGGUGGGCUGGUGACUCCUGACUGGCCUGCUUUCUCCAGUCACCCCCUGUCAGCCCUGAGUCUGCUCGGCUCUCAGGAGGACUACAGGAGUGAAGAAACUGAAGAGUUUGGACCUGUUUUUAUCCAGGAGCCAGAUGAUGUUAUUUUUCCUUUGGAUUCUGAUGAAAAGAAAGUGGUGAUGCACUGCGAGGCACGGGGGAAUCCACCACCCACGUACAGUUGGUACAUCAAUGGGACGGAAGUGGAUUCAGAGGCAGAUUACCGCUACAGCUUCAUUGAUGGGAACUUAAUUAUUACCAAUGCAAGUGAAAUCACUGACUUUGGGAAGUACCAGUGUAAAGCAGUAAACAGUUUUGGGACAGUCCUAAGUCGAGACGGUCUAUUACAGUUUGCAUAUCUUGGUGCUUUCAGUCCAAAGACCCGAGGCGGCGUUUCCGUGCGUGAAGGCCAAGGCGUGGUCCUCAUGUGCACCCCUCCUCCUCACUCACCAGAGAUCAUCUACAGCUGGGUGUUUAAUGAGUUCCCCUCAUUUGUUGCCGAGGACAGUCGGCGCUUCAUCUCCCAGGACACGGGAAACCUUUAUAUCUCGAAGGUGCAACCCUCUGACGUUGGAAGCUACAUCUGCCUGGUGAAGAACACAGCGACGAAUGCAAGAGUCUUAAGUCCUCCGACGCCCCUGACGCUAAAAACCGACGGUGUCAUGGGUGAAUAUGAGCCCAAAAUUGAAGUGCACUUUCCUACAUCUGUCCUGGCUGCCAAAGGAGUCAUUGUCAGACUGGAGUGCUUUGCUCUAGGGAAUCCAGUGCCAACAAUAACAUGGAGGAAGAUAAAUGGCAACAUCCCCAAGAAAGCGAGACUUCGGAAGUCCCAGGCCGUGCUAGAGAUUCCCAAUAUUCAGCUGGAGGACUCGGGAACUUACGAAUGCAAAGCUGAGAAUCCGAGAGGAGGCACUGCCUUCAAAGGACACCUGCAGGUCUACACCCUCCCUCAGUGGGUCAGAAUGAUUAAUGAUACUCAGAUGGAUAGUGGAGAGAAGCUCCAGUGGGAGUGCAAGGCCAUUGGGAGGCCCCGGCCCACCUAUCGCUGGCUUCGUAAUGGUUCGCCCUUGACACCUCAGGGUCGGGUUGAGAUAGUGAACGGGGAGCUGACCAUUCUCAAGGUGCAGCAGACGGACUCGGGAAUGUACCAGUGCGUCGCCGAAAACAAAUACGGUGCCAUCUACUCGAAUGCUGAACUCAAGAUUUUAGCAUCAGCGCCUAUCUUUGUCCCCAAUCCAAUACGGGUCAUAGCAACACUCGGAAAAGACGUGUCACUAGAAUGCAAACCGAGGGCGUCACCCAAACCUCGGAUAACGUGGAAGAGAGGUGACAGAAGGAUACAGCCGAAUAAGAGGAUUAUGUUGUUACGGAACAACACUCUGAAAAUUGUUAACUCCAGCCGAGCGGAUGAGGGGAACUAUGUGUGCCGGGCAGAGAAUCAGUUGGGCUCGGCAGAGAUGACUGCCAUACUGUGGGUAAAAGAGGCCAUGCGUGUGGUGCUUAGCCCGAGCAGGGUGGAGGUGACGGUGGGGGAGAGCGUGGUGCUGAGCUGCAAGGCCACGCACGACACGUCGCUGGACGUGGCCUUCCAGUGGUUCUUCAACCAGAGGCCAAUCAACUUUCAGCACGACGGCGGCCACUUUGAAUACAUCCAAACACAGUCUUCAACGGUGGAUCUGAUGAUCAGGAGCAUUUUGUUGAAGCAUGCUGGGAAGUAUGGGUGCAGGGCCCAGACCAGUGCUGACACUGUGUUUGCAGAGGCUGAACUUCUCGUGCGAGGCCCUCCCGGACCCCCCGGAGUGGUGAUAGUGGAGGAGAUCACAGACACCACGGCCACGCUGUCGUGGACUCGUGGCUUGGACAACCACAGCCCCAUCAGCACCUACAAUUUACAGGCCCGGAGCCCAUUUUCAUUAGGCUGGCAAACUGUCAAAACAGACCCAGACCCAGUGACGGGGGACCUGGAGUCAGCCAUGGCUGUGGAGCUCAACCCCUGGGUGGAGUACGAGUUCAGAGUGGUGGCCAGCAACGCCAUCGGCACCGGAGAUCCCAGCGCACCCUCGAGAGGAGUUCGGACGAAAGAAGCAGUCCCAUCAGUGGCACCGGCCAAUGUUAGCGGAGGGAAUGGCCGCAGGCACGAACUGGUCAUCUCAUGGGAGCCCGUGUCUGAGGAGUUCCAAAAUGGCGAGGGCUUCGGGUACAUCGUUGCAUUUCGAGCCAACGGGACCAGAGGCUGGAAGGAGAAGAUGGUGACUUCGGCCGAUUCUACCAUGUACAAGUACAGAGACGAGACCUUCCCUCCUCUCACCCCGUUUGAAGUGAAGGUCGGCGUCUACAACAACAAGGGGGACGGACCGUUCAGCAAAGUUGUCGUCAUCCACUCAGCUGAAGGAGAGCCCAGGGAAGCGCCGUCUGAUGUGAAAGCUUACAGCAUUUCUUCAUCUGAAAUUAGGGUGACUUGGAAGCCCCCCAAUCCUGGCCCCGGAAAACCAAGAGGAUAUGAGGUCAGCUACUGGAAAGACAUGGAGCAGGAGGAGUCGGGGCAAAAACAACGUACUGUGAAAAACGAAACAUCCAUGGUCUUGACAGGACUGGAAGGAAACAGCGUGUAUCUCAUCACAGUAAAAGGCUUCAACAGCAUCGGCCAGGGUCCUGCCAGUGCUGCUGUCACAGCCAAGACCAGGAAAGCCCCUCCCGCUCAGUCUCCGACCAACCUCAUGUGGAUUCAGGAGGGCAACAACGUGUCAUUAAGCUGGGACCCGGUGAAGGCAAAAGACAACGAAUCUGAUGUCAUCGGGUACAUGGUGUUACUCAAACAGGAGGGCAGAGGCCACAACCAGGUGACCAGAACCAUUAACCCCUCCACCAUGCUCUCACUGCCAGAGGGAGGCACUUACAUCAUUGAAGUGCGCGCACUCAGUGAAGGGGGAGAGGGAGCGGUCAGCUCCCAAGUCCGAGUUGUCACCUCCUCCGGUGUCCGAGCAAAAAGCAACCAGUGCUCGGUGCACUGCCUGCCACAGAGCCUAGCAUGGACAGCGCUGCUCCUGGUUCUUCUGGUGCCUUCAGCUUCCUGGUGA